CAGAUCAUUUCGGGAUCCGCUGAUCUGUCAAUUUGUAUCUGGAAUGGAGAGACAGGGGAAUGGAUCGGGUCUCCCUUUGAAGGUCAUACGGAUACGAUCACGUCCCUCGUAGUUUCCCCUGACGGCAAAUACCUCGCCUCAGGGUCGCAUGAUAAGGUGAUACGGAUAUGGGAUUACGAUAAAAUGAAAAAUCAACAACCAUCUCCUCCAUUUUCCUAUAAUUCCAAGAUGGUCAGUGGGUGGAUACUUGGCCCAGACUCCGAGCUCCUCUUCUGGGUCCCACCAGAGCUACGUCAUGGACUCUGGCGACCCAAUAACGUGGCUGUGAUGGGCAAGAGUCCUGGACACUUUGCAAAGAACAACCGAGCUCUCAUUCCAAUCAAUAACCGUUUUUCCCUGACGUCCACUCUCAUUGCCACUGGAGCUGAGUUUCUAGAAGUUGCGUCGAACAAAUCAACCAAUCCGCUUAUUCCAAUGGACAAGACCUAUGAACACUGUCAUUGUGUACCGGCAAAUCCAGUGUCAUAUUACGAACACGAGCUUUUGUUAAUGAAGCUGAGUCAAUUAGCCCGAAAAUUGAACAAUCAAAAGGAAAUAUACCUUUUGCUCGUCCUCUUCACUGCACGCAGGACAGUUUCGCCGAAGGCCACCCCUAAUUGA